CAAUGGCAAAUAUAAAAACUGUCAUUUCUCUCCUUGCCAAACAACAGCCAACGACCUUCAAAGUCAGCUACGCGUCCGACUACAAGCCCUUCAUCAUCCACCACGUCGCAACCGACUCGUCGCAUCCUCUAUACGAGACACAGAAGCGGAGGCAGAGAGAACGGAAAAAGGAGGGGCUAUGGUGGCAUGCUACCACGGGCGUCGAUCUGAACAAGUCGAGCUGCGUGAGAGCAUGGGCCAGGAGACGCCUGCGCAAUGCUAUCAAAGACGAAUUGCAGCAACGCGGAUACGAUGCGACUGGCAAGCUCGUUGACCUGAAAGCCAUACAGCACCGCACCGAUCUGAUGGAUUUGCUCCGGCAGGGAAAGACACUAGAUCUGACGGGAAGCUUGAGGCUCCAUGUCCAGCCUCCGCUUAUACCAGCCAAGUACGCUCAAGUACGUGCGGAGACGGGGCAUGUUGUGGAAAGCAUUCUGCAGGCCAUCAAGGAUAAGGCUAGUGGUAUUAGCUCUAUAAAGAAGACAAAGAGUCAUCCGCAACGGACGACCCCACCACCCGGUAGACCUCGUUGAGUACGAGGAAAGGAAAUGAGGCCGGAUCAACAGAGGCCCUAAGCCCGAAUGUCUUCGUACAUCCACAGGGGAACCCUACUCUACGUGUCUCGUCUACUUCAACACAGGCUUUUAAUCCAGCAAUACGAAAACUGGAGAACAUACUAGGCUCUUCCCCU